CCCUGCACCGCGUCUUGUGCGGAACCCGAAAAUUACCGGUUGUACACACCUUUCUGCUAUUGGUUAAAUAUCUACGGGCUGCGCCGGUCUCUUCCUGGGCUGAUGUCGCUUUUCUUUUUCCUUUUUCUUAGUAGUCCUCACCUCGGCAUUCCCUGACUCCUUUUCUUCAUCCCUUCUUGUCAGAGGCUGAGACCUACUCUUGGCCUGUUAGAGGUGUUGCGUUCGUCCACUGGGUGUCCGUCAUUUUAUAGAACACCGAAAGUGAGAAAACAAGCUGUUUUAAGGUGAUAUCUCUUCUCCAUCAUGCGCUUCUUCGAGAAGAAGUCUUCUGCAGAGGUCACUCCGGAGGUUCGUGCUGCAGAAUCGCAUACGACCAAGGAAGUUGCGGUGGAAUCCGGCGAUGGCAACGGCAUUUUUUCUGGGUCCGAUCAGUCACGAUUGAGCUUGGAAGCUCAAAACGAAAAGGAAGUGGAAGCUCAUCCGGAUGAGGUGACCAAGGAUGCCCAGCUGGGUGUCCAGAAAGUUGAAGCCGCGGCCCUGGUGUGGAGCAAGCAAGCUGUCUAUGCGACCUAUGCCUGGAUCUGGGUUUGUUUCUUCCUGUUGGCCCUCAACUCGUCCAUCAGUGGGACGGUGAUUAACAAGGCCUACGCCGACUUCGUUGCUGCUCCGCAGGUCAGCACCGCCAGCAUUCUCUACAGCAUCAUCGGAGGAGUGCUCAAGUUACCCAUUGCGAAAACGCUCAACAUCUGGGGCCGUGCGGAGGGGCUUGUCGUCUGGGUUGUUGUUUAUACCAUUGGAUUGAUCAUCCUGGCUGCUUGCGAUGGACCAAAUUCCUAUGCGGCGGGCUAUGUGCUCUUCUAUGUGGGAUAUUCAGGGAUCUAUCUCGUGCUGGAUGUUUAUAUCGCCGAUACGUCGGGUCUGCAGAACCGGGCAUUCACUUUCGCCUUUGCGAAUACACCUUUCAUCUGCACUGCCUUUACGGGUCCGCUGGCGGGACAGUCUUUCCUGAAGGUUGCCACUUGGCGAUGGGCCUAUGGGGUGUUUGCUAUCGUCAUGCCCGUUGUCUUUGCUCCUCUGGUGAUCGUUCUGAAGUACUACCAGAGAAAGGCCGAAAAGGUGGGACUGUACAAGCGGGAGCCCAGCGGUCGCACCACGAUGCAGUCCAUCAUCCACUAUAUUCAUGAGUUCGACCUCAUCGGUGCCUGCCUCUUAAUGGCUGCCUGGGUCCUACUGCUCCUCCCCUUCAGUCUACAACAAUACGGCCGAGCCGAGUACAAGAGCGCCAAGUUUAUCGCCAUGAUCGUCAUCGGAUUCUGUCUUCUCUUCGUCUUCGCAGCGUGGGAGAAAUGGCUCACUCGCAAACACUUUGUCCGCUACGAGCUCCUCCGCCAACGCACCGUCCUGGGAGCCUGCAUCAUGUCCGCCGUGUCCUACUUCAGCUUCUACUGCUGGGACCUGUACUACUACGACUUCUGCACCGUCGUCUUCAACCUCAGUGUCUCCAUGACCGGCUACAUGACCCAAAUUUACAACGUAGGCUCCUGUUUCUGGGGCGUCAUCUUCGGCCUCUGGAUCCGUUACACGAAACACUUCAAAUACACCUGCUUAUUUUUCGGUCUUCCCCUACUCAUCCUGGGCGCAGGCCUAAUGGUCCACUUCCGCGGCGAAGCCUCCGGCGACAUCAACUACGUGAUCAUGUCUCAGAUCUUCAUCGCCUUCGGAGGCGGCACUAUCGUCAUCGGCGACGAUAUGGCCGUCAUGGCUGCCGCAGACCGCGAGGGUGUCCCCAUGAUGCUCUCGCUCCUCGGCCUGUUCUCCAGCCUGGGCGGUGCCAUCGGCUACGCCGUCGCCGCAGCAGUCUACAGCAAUAUCUUCCCCCAGGCCCUAAAGAACCACCUCCCCACAGACCUCAAGUCCAACGCCACGGCAAUCUAUCUGGGCGGAUAUACCGCGCAGAAAGAUUACCCGGUGGGAUCACCCACCCGGGAUGCAAUCAACUAUGCUUGGGGCCGAAGUCAGAUGUAUGGGUCUAUUGUCGGUACGGCGAUCCUGGUGCUGGGAUUCCCGGCCAUUGCGGUGUGGAAGAAUUACCGCGUGGAUAGGAAGCAGAAUAAGGGUACCAUGAUCUGA